AUGCGCGACCCAGACCAGUGCCAGCCCCAUCAUAACCGCGCAGUCCUCGCCAUCACACCCGCAUUCUACGAUAGACGAGCCCUUGACACACGCGCAGAUUACGCGCUCUUCACAUCCCUCACCCACCUGGGCACACUCGUCCAGUCAUCCCCAAAAGUACGCGAUGCACUCGUCAGCGACGGCGGUAUCGAGCGACUCGUCCGCAUCCUUCAGGAGGGUAAACUCAAACGCAGGCUAGAACCCUGGCAAUCCCGCAAGUGGCAACAGGCACUUCUGGACCUAGUAUACCUCGCAGCACGCGGCUCCGAGCAUGUCAGGCGCAGGCUCGUUGAAGCAGGCAUCAUCCCGGUACUCGUCACCGUGCUCUGUCAUGCCCUCGAAGAUCUCGCCUCCCAUGCGGAUGCCUAUCGCAGCGCCAUGAAGAAGCUGCAGCAGAGACAAGCUCUUCCAGCUCGCGACACAGUACCACAACGUGCACCUGCGUCGUAUGAUAUGGACGUUGUCUGGUGUCUACGGAUCCUGACAUACCUCACCAAAUACCCAAAUCUGCGCUCGCAAUUUUCAGGAGCACACGAUGAUCUAUCGGACUCCCUCAGACUACCGUAUAAUUUGUUUUCCAUUGUUGAAAAGUUCACCAUGCCCAUCAAUACGCAAGAUGCUACGUAUUGGGCAGCGGUGGUGAUGCGGAAUACCUGUCGCAAGGAUCUCGAGCGUGGUGGCAUUCGACAAUGUGCGCAUCUCGAGUGCGGGAAGUGGGAAACAAAGGACAAGCAAUUUGCCAAGUGUCGACGAUGUAGGCGUGCCAAGUACUGUUCAAAGCAGUGUCAGAGUAAAGCCUGGACGGGUCACAAGUGGUGGUGUGAGAUUAGUUCAAAGGAUCAAGAACAAGAGAUUGAAACGGCCACCACGGAGUCGGAGCGAUUGGCGCGGGAGCAGCAACUGAUUAAUGCACAAGCUUGA